AUGUAUUAUAAAUGUUUAAAAAAUAUAAAAACAAAAGAAUUAAAUAAAUUUAUUUUUAAUUUUUAUACUUUAGAUAUUGAGAUAAAAAAUCCAAAAAGACAGAUAUGUAGGCUAAAUCGUUUAUUUGAAAGAAUGUUUCUAUCAAGAUUUAGAUCAUUUUUGAAAUGUUUUAUAUUAAUUAAAUGUCGAUUAAAAUAUAAACUUUCAACCUCAUUGAAAGAAUUUGUUAUCUAA